AAGCCGUGCUCGUCGUAGUCGUCCUCAAGCCCAAGAUCAAAAAUGUCGAAGCGUACGUCCGCUGCGCCCUCGUCUCGAUGCCCUAUCUGACGAAGUUCUGCUCUUUUGUCGCCCGUCCUCCUCGAAUCCGUUAACUUGCAAUGUGAUCGGUGUCCUUCUCCCCUUCCUGUGCUCGAAUGCGCCAAUCGCUCCCUCCACAUCCACACCGACUCUAUGAACAACCCCAUACCCUUGAAAACCAUUGCAACGUCUAAUAACCCCAAUAUGUGACAUGACGCUGCGCCCAACCCACAGCGACCGGUUCCUCUGGAACGAAGUUCCGCCUCACCCUCGGUCUGCCCGUCGGCGCCGUGCUGAACUGCGCGGACAAUAGCGGCGCAAAGUCGCUCUUCAUCAUCGAGCCGUACGGCUUCGGCUCGCACCUCAACCGGCUGCCGGACGCUGGUGUCGGCGACAUGGUCGUCGCGUCCGUCAAGAAGGGUAAGCCCGAGUUGAGGAAGAAGACUAUGCCCGUGGUCGUCGUCCGCCAGCGCAAGGCAUGGCGGAGACGGGAUGGUGUCUUCCUGUACUUCGAGGACAACGCCGGUGUCAUCGUCAACCCCAAGGGUGAGAUGAAGGGCUCUGCGAUCACGGGCCCGGUCGCAAAAGAAUGCGCUGACUUGUGGCCGCGUAUCGCGUCCAACGCCGGUACCGUGGUUUGAGCGACGGCCUUCCUCCCUCUACUGCCCUCCAUAUCCACUCUGUACGCACAUAUGCCUCAUGUUGCACUAUGACUAUGAAGACAUCUCAAAAGCC